GCAACACUGGAGACAUUGGGAAAGGGUCUCCUCCUUUGAAACAGCAUAAAUACCUCAGGAGUCACGCUACACUGCCUCAGAUGCAGGCAGCGCUGAGAGAGGAGCCUAGUUUGCUGAAGAUAACAAAAGGGUGAGGUAACAUCAAGGACAAAGCUGGCAUUACUCAGGUGUUUUUUCAACAUGAAUCCAACGAGUCUCUUCUGCUUCUUCCUGUGCCUCAUCGCAGUAACUGGUGACCGGGUUUACGUCCACCCUUUUGCUUUGUUUGCAUAUAACAGGAGUAGCUGUAAGGACCUGGAAAACUUGAUCCAGGAGGAGAAAACAUUCGUCCCUAUCUUCAUCAAGUCUCAAGCCAUCCCUGCCUAUGAAGAACAGCCCAAGCCAGAGAUGCAAAGCUUAGGUGUCAAUGGCAAGCAAAGACUGAGCUACCUGAAAAACCUAGUGUAUGUUCUUGGUGUACGUUUCUAUGGUGCAGUGAGGGAAACACGAAAGGGUGAAAACAUUCUCCUUUCCCCCACAAGCAUCUAUGGGUCUUUGGUAUCUUUCUACUUAGUGGCUUCAGGCCAGACAGCAGCUGAUUUACAGGACUUCCUGGGAUUCAUCUCCCCCUCUGGUGACCCAGACUGCACCUCCAAAGUGGAUGGGCGUAAAGUCCUUUCAGCCCUGAGGACCAUUGAUGACCCGCUCCUCACCAACACAGCUGAUGAUCUGUUCUUUUCAAAACUGUCCUGCCUCUUCUCUGCCCCAAAUGUCCGCCUAGCUGAAUCAUUUGUGCAUGACUUGGCCCUUGCUUCUGAUGCUUUCUAUGCUCGAGCUGUUGAUUUUACAAAUCCAAGGCAAGCAGUAGAGCAAAUAAACACCUUUGUGAAGGCCAAAGUCACCAGCAGGAGCAAGAACUUGCUGACAGACAUCGACCCAACAACCACCUUGCUCUUUACCAGUGAAAUUCACUUAGAAGCUAAUGUGAAGAAAGCGUGCCAACUGAAAGAGCCCCAGGAGUUCUGGAUUGAUUCCAGCACAAAGAUUUUGGUGCCUAUGAUGUCAGUAACUGGAUUGUUUCAGUACAAAAGAGAUGCCAGAAAGCAUUUUUCCAUCACCACAAUCCCCCUUACCAAGAAUGCGCUACUGGUCUUGGUACAGCCUAUCAAUGGCAAUGACCUGAACACAAUAGAGUCCGAAAUUUCUUUGCAAUCCUCCGAAUGGCUGCAAGACCUGUCACCAAGACAAAUUAAAUUAUCCUUGCCACAGUUAACAUUAGAGAGCACAUAUGACCUUCAGGAACUUCUUGUGAACAUGAAUUUGUCUACACUGUUGGGGAAGGAGGCAGAUCUCAGUAAAAUAAGCAAUGCUAACCCCACAGUUGGAAAGGUUAUAAAUAAGGCCUUUUUCAAACUGAACCUAGUAGAUGAGGUGGAAGACCCUUCAGAACAAAAUGAAGAUGUGGUGCCCAUGGAAGUUACAUUGAACAACCCAUUCCUACUGGCCAUUUAUGAGGAGAAUUCAAAGGCAAUGCUUUUCCUUGGUAGAGUAGCAAACCCACUGAAUGGUGUUUAAAUGCAAGGGAGGGGAAAAUGGAAAGUUAGUACAUAAGCAAAGCAUCCCACAUUUCCAACCUCCAAUUCAUCUGCUGCUAGAAUCCUCUUGAGCUUGUGUAGUUAGCUUUGAAAUAAAGCAAAUGGUACUCACAGUACAACUUUUCACAAGGUGCAAGGUUAUUACUAGCAUCUUAUUGUUUUUCUUCCAAUCAGACGCACAAUAGGAGAAAAAGUUCUUUUUAUCCACUGCAAACGUGGUUAUGGCAGCAUGAAUAGCUACAUUAAAGACUGCAAUUUUAGGAAAUUGAUGGCUCAACAUAAUUGGUGUUCAGUGAAGAGAGUUAUCUUCAACGCUUUUAUAGAUUUUGAAAGGUUGGUCAGAUUUGAGAGGCAUACUUGUGCUGCAUAAGAAGUAUUGAACAAAAUCAGGACUUACAAGGAUUUCAGGUUAGAUCAGCAGUAUUUUUCCCUUAAAUUGCUGCUCAUGGUACAUGGCAUUGGUUUUGGUCAUACCACUUCUACCAGUUUUACCUUCAGAUAGAAUAAGCAUGCUUUGGGAAGGUUUAAAAUAAAGGGUUUUGUUUUGGGUAAGGAAAUGAAAGUGGAAUAUAGUCUUACAACCCAUUGGUAUUCCUUUCUUUUUAAUUAUGUUCCACUGAAAUCCUUCUUUAGACAUAGAUUAAGAGCUAUUUAUUUUGGAUUUAAUGGAAAAGAUGACUAUUAUGUAGGGUGCGGAUCUAUAAGCCUUGACUUUCAUUGAGUAGUUUAAGCUCAAUUAAGUAGCCCCUUUGGAAGUAAUUUGGGCUACUGGUGUAAGUACCAGUUGGGGGGAGGGAGCGAAAGGGAGACAGGGAAUGACCCAUCAGGUUCAUAUGGUCCAAUCUAUUUCUUACUAUAAUCAGAGGAGUGUGCUAGUUGUUUCUAAUCAGAGUUUCUCAGGCUCUUGCACUGAACACCUAUGGAGGCAAGAACUAUGGGUGUAUCCAUGGUCCAGUGGAAGUGCAUGGAAGCUUUGCUGCUAAUUGCAGUUGAGUCAGGGUUUUAUCUCUUGCAGACAGCUGUGAAGACGAAAGCACGUGGGCAACUGAUGGUACUAUACAAACAGUAAAAUACUACAGAACGUAACCUUUUGUGUGUCCUAAUGAAUAAAAAUAAUACAGCCAAACCUGGAAA